UGGAAUGAGUCCGAAAUUAUCACUGAUAGGAAGUCUCGUUUCCAAGCAAGACAUGUACAGAUAAACGAUCCCAGUGAGGUGACACCAGCCCUUGACCAAUUUGUAUUCCAACAUAAAAGUAUAGUCAAAAACGCGAGCCAUCCUCAUAUAAUAGCUUGGAGAACUGGUAUCCCAGAGUCUGAGCCAAUACCCAAUUCCUUUUGGAAUAGGUCUACCAGCAUGUGUUCUGGCACUACCAGGUUUACUAAUGUACAGCAGGGUUAUAAGGAUAAUGGAGAGAAAGGAGCCGGUUCAAGGCUCUUGGAGCAGGUUUUAGUUAAUAACAAUAUCUACAAUGUUCUUGUGAUAGUAACUCGAUGGUACGGUGGAAAUCCCAUUGGAAGUCUGCGGUUCCGCCACAUCGUUAACAGCAGCUUGAACAGUCUUAGAAAGGGAAAUAGACUUGAGAAUCGAUGA